AUGCUCGACUACGAGAACGAAUCCUCACUCGGUCCAAUAAUCUCAAAACUCGAACGUUGCAAACUUGCCGAAAACACAUUUAUGCCAGUCGGAUAUCAAGUAGCGGAAGAGAUUCUCUCCGUUCUCGAUGUCGAAGACCUAAUAUCGGUUUCUCUUACGUACAAGCCAAUGCAUCGUUUCAUAAACAACUCAUCGACGCUCUGGAAACGGAUACACGCAAGGCUGACUCCGCCUACUAAUCACAAGAUUAUGGAUAGUAUGCUAACGUUACAGAAGUUUGCAGAUACAAAUGUCAACCUCGGAUCCGCUUGGAAGAAACACGUAUUCCAAAGACUGAGAAACCGAACGUAUUACCUGUCAUAUAGUUAUUGGGAUGAUUCCAAAGACUUUACGAUUACGUUCCAUGGAGCAUCUUAUGAUCUAAACACCGUUUAUCAUGAGACGGUGGGAUAUGCUAAUUUUGUAGGCGAUAUUGGACCACCCACGAUACCAAUGUUUGUUCAUCAUCAAGGUCAAUUGUUUGAUGUACAGCAAGGAUUCCAAAAGUGGAGGAUUGCCAUAGAACCCAUUCAGACCAGUUUACAAAGACCGAUCAAAACCGAAAACAACAAUUUGCUUUACAUAGUAUACACAUAUUCAGAUCGUCCAACAGACUUUCAGUUUAAUUUGAUGAAAACCUUUGAUAACGAGAUUGAUGCUAUCAAUUAUGCCCAGACCAUAGCUGAGGAUGUCGACUCCUUUCCCCAGAACGUAGAAUGCUUGGGCGAGCUAUUUGAUGCAAAGGUCAAGUCGUCAACCCAACAAUUUCCAACAAGAGUGGCAAUAAAUACGGCUGAGUUCUGGUCAAAAGUUGAUGAAGACGAGGUAGCUAGAAUUAAGAAAGAUGAGCAGAAGUUGUUGGAUAACUGUGAUGAAGACGAAUUAAUGAAUGAUAUCGAAGAAGGAAAGGAGGAUGAAAAUAAUAGUGGGGGUGGUGAAGACACUGGUUGGAGUGGAGAAAAAACUUACAACUUGAGCGAUGCAUUAGAUGCAUUUGACAUUAUGAUAGAAUCAUACAAGAACAAUAAGAAGAGGUCUUUUAGUGAAGCUAUGGAAAAUCCACAACAUGAAAUAAACAGCACUGUGCCAGUCCGACCUAAUCUUAGAAAGAUAAUGAUGACGUAUUAUAGGUGA